AGUCAUCUACAACGUCCUGCCUGGAAGCACGCUAUUUUGGGCCUCUGAGCUUUUGCACUUGCUAUUCCUUCUGCUCUGGGAAGAGCUCAAACCCUGCCCGAAACUUCUAAAAAUGGUGCCUGGAUAAAUGAAGGCAUUAGAGCUGCGAUUGGACGGGCGGCUGUCGGAUGGCGCCACGGCUGGCACUUAUCGGGAGAUGCUCAUUGGACAGUCACGUGACGGGAUCAAGCCUCCGCAGGGAGCGAGGCAGGUGCGGUCACGUGGCCCGGCGGUGCUGCGGGGCAGCGGCCAUUUUGCGGGGCGGCCCCGUGAGGGACGCACGUUCAGCGGGGCUCUCACGUGACCCGGGCGCGCCGCGGCCGUCCGCUCAGACCCGGCGAGAGGCGGCGGCGGGAGCGGCGGUGAUGGACGGGUCCGGGCCCACCAGCUCUGAGCAGAUCAUGAAGACAGGGGCCCUUUUGCUUCAGGGUUUCAUCCAGGAUCGAGCAGGGCGAAUGGGGGGGGAGGCACCCGAGCUGGCCCUGGACCCGGUGCCUCAGGAUGCGUCCACCAAGAAGCUGAGCGAGUGUCUCAAGCGCAUCGGGGACGAACUGGACAGUAACAUGGAGCUGCAGAGGAUGAUUGCUGCCGUGGACACAGACUCCCCCCGAGAGGUCUUUUUCCGAGUGGCAGCUGAAAUGUUUUCUGACGGCAACUUCAACUGGGGCCGGGUUGUCGCCCUUUUCUACUUUGCCAGCAAACUGGUGCUCAAGGCCCUGUGCACCAAGGUGCCCGAACUGAUCAGAACCAUCAUGGGCUGGACAUUGGACUUCCUCCGGGAGCGGCUGUUGGGCUGGAUCCAAGACCAGGGUGGUUGGGACGGCCUCCUCUCCUACUUUGGGACGCCCACGUGGCAGACCGUGACCAUCAUUGUGGCUGGAGUACUCACCGCCUCACUCACCAUCUGGAAGAAGAUGGGCUGAGGCCCCCAGCUGCCUUGGACUGUGUUUUUUCUCCAUAAAUUAUGGCAUUUUUCUGGGAGGGGUGGGGAUUGGGGGACAUGGGCAUUUUUCUUACUUUUGUAAUUAUUGGGGGGGUGGGGAAGAGUGGUCUUGAGGGGGUAAUAAACCUUCUUCGUGACACA